CCCCCUUUUCCUUUGUCUCAAAUAUGGAUUACUUCCGGCAUACUACAGCGACUCUUAAUAAAGUUGCCUCUCCCUAUGGACUCGGGUACUGUGUUAAUACGGGGGCGUUCUGAGACUGUAUUAUUAAUGGUUAUUCUGAGAGGAGAUUAACUUACGACGGCGAUAAAAUGCUAGCUAUAUCUGGCCUGGCCAGAGUGAUGCGCGAACUACCAGACAGCCAGUUCGGUGGAUAUGCUGCGGGACUUUGGGAAUCUGACAUUGCUAAUUGGCUCUGUUGGAAGGUUGAAUUACCAGGAAGCCCCCCGGACAAAUACACCGCGCUUUCAUGGUCUUGGGCUAGUCUAAACACCAAGGUCACGUUUGAGAGCUUCUGGGAUAGCGAGUGUUUGGUAAAGCUCAUAGGGGUGGAAUUAAGCUGUUUCCCUGACGUCUACGGCGAGAUAGGGGAUGGGUGGAUUGUAUUGUCUGGUUAUUUGAAGCCAAUUCAACUAAGACAGACAGAGUUUAUGAACGAGGUGAAAGUAGUGGGUCCACAGGGGGAACCAUUGCCGUUCUUGAGGGAUACGGAUGUGUCUCAUCAUGUUUACAUGGACGCUAAGCCUGCAUUACUAGAAUCGCCUUCGGAAGUAUUUUACUGUUUGCCGCUAAAACGGAAUAAUUAUUCAGUAGUUUACGUUUAUUGUCUGCUCCUAAAGGGUUACCAGUACAACUCGACCUCACCCAACAGACCGCGAUCAUCAAAACUAGCCAGGCCUAAGCUAAGGGCGUUUGAAAGAGUGGGAUUGUUAGAAAUAUGCUUUCCAGGAAGAGAAGCUUUAAAAAAGUUUCUAGGGUGGAUUUCAGAGAAACCCCUAGAGACAGAAAUUGUUAUCCGCUGA